ACAUUCACCACCACGAAUAUAACAUUCCGGCUAGAGAUAACAAUAAUUAUAAUAUUACUAUUAUCAUCAUUAACCAAUAAUGGAGGGAAAAGAAGAGGAUGUUAGACUGGGAGCUAACAAGUACCGGGAACGGCAACCGAUCGGGACGGCGGCGCAGGUGCCCGAUAAGGACUACCAAGAGCCACCUCCAGCGCCUUUAUUCGAGGCGUCGGAGUUGUCAUCUUGGUCUUUUUACAGGGCUGGGAUUGCUGAGUUUAUUGCUACAUUUUUGUUUUUGUAUGUGACCGUUUUAACGGUUAUGGGGGUGGUUAAGUCGCCGACGAAAUGCGGGACGGUGGGGAUUCAAGGGAUUGCGUGGGCGUUUGGUGGGAUGAUCUUUGCGCUUGUUUAUUGUACUGCUGGAAUCUCAGGCGGUCAUAUUAAUCCGGCGGUGACGUUUGGGUUGUUUCUCGCGAGAAAGUUGUCGCUGACUAGAGCAUUAUACUACAUUCUGAUGCAAUGUCUUGGAGCGAUCUGCGGUGCUGGCGUCGUUAAAGCGUUCGAAGGUAGCACCGAAUACAAAUUACUUGGUGGUGGCGCCAACACGGUUGCCGAUGCUUACACUAAAGGCGCAGGCCUUGGUGCUGAAAUUGUCGGAACAUUUGUCCUUGUUUACACCGUUUUCUCGGCUACCGACGCCAAACGUAGCGCCCGCGACUCUCACGUUCCGCUACUGGCCCCGUUGCCAAUCGGGUUCGCGGUGUUUCUGGUGCACUUGGCCACUAUUCCGGUAACCGGAACAGGAAUUAACCCAGCAAGGAGUUUGGGAGCUGCCAUUAUUUAUAACAAGGAUAACGCAUGGGAUGAUCACUGGGUGUUCUGGGUUGGACCAUUUAUUGGGGCAGCAUUAGCAGCACUUUACCAUCAAGUUGUGAUCAGAGCCAUACCAUUCAAGAGCAAAUGAAGAUUUAUAUAAUUAGUUAGUGGUUUCCUUUUUUUUGUUGCUAAUAAUCAAAUCCCAUUUUAAGUGGAUUGAGUGUGUGGGGCCCCUGGAAGUGCUUGUGGGCUUAUCUUGUAUUAUCGAUUUGUCGUACGUUGUAUGCUGUAUAUUUUUGUCUACGUAAUCAAGUGUUUUUUUUUUGUUA